AUGACCACCACAUUCUCUUCUCUCCCCGUCGUCGACGUUGGGCCGCUCGGAGCGGUCUCUGGGGCCACUCCAGAGGAGCUGGUGGGAUUAAGCAAGCGACUAUACGAAGUUUUUGCGACCACCGGAUUCGCCUAUCUCACCAAUGUACCAUUAAGUUAUGAUCACGCCGAGGUCUUCAACAUGUCCCGGGAGUUUUUCGCAUUGCCUCAGGAAGAGAAGAUGAAGCUGGCUAAAAAGUCAUUCCGCCGCGAGCAUAAAAACACUUAUCGCGGGUCAAUCCCCUUGCAUCUCUUGCCCAAAUUAGCUUCCGAUAAUCUGAAAGAGGGAUUCGAAAUGGGACCUGCCACGCCGAUUUCGACGCAGUCAGGGAUGUCGCCCUCGACCAAGUUCAAUUUGGCAGAGCCCAAUGUUUGGCCUGACAAGAACCAAUUCCGAUCCCGUUCAAAGCUCGAGACUCUCUAUAUUGAGCUGCAAAUACUUGCAUCAAAGCUGCUCUCCCUUCUUGCAAUGUCCCUGGGCAAACCUGCCAACUAUUUCGCACCCUACCUGGAAGACUCACUGAGUACUUUGCGACUACUGCACUAUCCGCCAGUAGCGUCCACUGCCUCAGGAUCUGGCUCCACGAAGCCGGGUGAGGUCAAUCUCAGCUGUACUCCCCACACGGACAGCGGUAUUCUCACUCUGCUGCACCAAGAUUCCACCGGUGGACUUGAGGUGAGGAAUUCGUCCGGAGAGUGGGUUGCUGCGCCGUAUGUCCCCGGGUCGCUAGUCGUCAACAUUGGGGAUUUGAUGGCCAAAGUAUCGGGUGGCCGGUUUGUUGCAACCAUGCACCGCGUUCGAGCGCCAGGCCUCAGCUCGUCGGCAUCUACAAUUACUGGGCACGCAGAUUGGCAGAUCCAGGCCUCGGGUCGCAUGAGUGUGCCCUUUUUCUUCGAGCCCGGUGAAAAUUGCCUGGUUCGAUCGGUUGAUGGUGAUGAGGGAUUUGUUCGAUACGGUGAGCACGUCCGGGCCAAGAUGAAGACUUGGGUCGAGUUCCAGGAUGAUGAAGACAACUAA